AUGAGCGAAGGCCGUUAUAUUUAUUCUAAUUAUAUGAUCGUAACUUUUGACUUGGGCGAUAAAAAAUCACCCUCCAAUUUCCCUCCGGAAAUAUCAGAUUCGCUCUUCUACAAGGGCAAACUACGUUCAUGUUUGGUUAAGUUUUAUUUUUUAAAAGCCAUCAUCAAAUCUUCUGUCCGCUGCACUGUCUUCGCCAUCUUCACGUUCCUCCAUAUGUUCAUGAUAGUCACUCUAAAAAAGCCAUUGCAACGCAAGACAGGCGUAUACCACCUCACCAUACCAAAGAUCGAAAGCCAAUGUGGUAGGUAG